AUGGCCAAAUUUCUGCGGGCCUGGUACAACUCGCCUCCAGUAGCCUCUUUUCAUUGUUUCAAUCAUGUUUUGUUGCUUGCACUUCUUUGCCUCAAUGGUGAUACAGUUUUCUCGGUGGUUGGAUCUCUGAUGCUUUGCCGUCCUUUUGGUGCUUUUCGGCGCCCAGAAAUGCUAUACUCUGACCCCGAGUUCGAGGUGUCCCUCGGCCUCCAGACCUCUUUUCCCUUCAAACCCGCCGAGAAAAUUCGAAAUCUCCGCAUCCCCCAUCGACACAUUGGGCUUCUGCCGGCAUGCUCCACCGUUUGCCAAGUGGAUCAGCAACGCUCAAACUCUCUGGUACCGAUUUCGUCACCGGUCUCGAGCCUGCCGACAGCCGCCAUGCCGCUUCCGUCCCCAACUCCACCGCCACGCCCAACACCUCCGUCAUCGUGGCAAUCGGAAACGGCUCCCUUAUUGCCACUACAACAACGCUCUCUCUCUGACGUACCCUCCAGUUUGCCCGCAAGACCCACCGGUUUAGCGGCUCCGAGCCAGUUGAGGACCUCUCUGCCCGGUCAUACAGUCUCCUUCCAGCGUGGGCAUCCUCGAGAUCGUCUUCAAGAGCUGCAGUGCCCGACUCCUGAAAAUUUCCCAUCUCAUGGUCCUCCCAUUCGAGCGAAACGCACCUUCUAUCUUCCUCAGAGCAUGAUGAAUCGCCUCGCCUUCCGGCGGCGUCGACGAGCUUACUACCGUCUCCUCGCUUUGGCCGCCUGGACGCGUCAUUUGGCGAAUGAACGGAAACAGUCCUCAGCGGCUCAGGCUGGUUUGCCCAACCUUCCCACCGUCAGUUGUCUUGCGGCUCUGGGCGCCAGGCCGACUUGGCUGAACAGCCUCUUGCUAGACCGGAAAACGAUAAGAGUGAAAAACGCUGCUGUCCGGAGGUGCUCGUCUUCCGUCACGCUUGAGCUGAAAGACUUGACGCAAUCAAGUUGGGAAGGCGAAUGGAACGCUGUCGAUAAGGCGAAUGAAGAUUUGUCCAACCAAGGCUUCCUUUCUACACACGCCCAAAGUGCAGACUUGUUCGCGGCUCCAGUUGUUGGAGCCAGUCUCAAGGAGCCGAGUUCGCUGAUAGAACUCCGGCUGAAGAGCAUCAGUUCAUCCGGCAUUUAUGGUCUCCCAGCGGAUCCUCCGGUCACGGUUGCCAAACAGCCUUUGAUGAUACUGACAGAUCGUAUUAACCGCAUUGAAGAGUGA